AUGCUCAAGCUUCUCCUCCUCUCCCUCCCCCUCGUCGCGGCCUCGCCGAUGCCCGAGCUCGACGCUCGUGCUCCUCCCUCGGCUCCCGCCGGCUGGAAGUCGCACGGCUGCCACUUUGACUGCUACGACGGCAUGAACCGCUACCUCCCCCACUUUGCCUACUCCUCCAACCGCAACUCGCCGCGCAAGUGCACCAAGGCGUGCGCCGCGGCUGGUUACAAGUUUGCCGGGGUGCAGUUCGGCAAGGAGUGCUGGUGCGGCAACGAGAUCGGUGGCCAGCUUACGGACGACAGCGAGUGCUUUGUCAAGUGCCCCAAGUCCCGGGGAACCUGUGGUGGCCCGUGCCGCAACUUCAUCUACGGGCUGGCCUAG